AUGAGAGAUGUAUUGUCUUCUCUUGUGAGUUCUGUCUCGUCGUUACUGAGGGACGAGGUUCAUCACCGGUACACACCGUCUCUUUCAGCGAAAUCUAGCCCCCUGCGGAUUCCCAUUCCAGCAGCAGUCGCCACAGGACUGGGCUCAGCACCCCUUCCAGAUGUGGACGACGUAUCUGCAGUGUCUAUGACGAAUAACAAAACACAAAGGCGCCUGCCUUGGUCUACCAUUUACAUGGCUGGUGACCUCUGCGAUCAGCGCAUUCUGCGCGACAUUGCACAGUCGCAUCAAGUUCUCGUUAUCAAGCGCGGAGGAUGCAGUUUCUCCCAGAAACUCCGAAACAUUGCCGCAUUUCCACCGUCACGAAACGCCCUGAAACUCGUCAUUGUCGUUUCUUACGAGGAGGAAAAAUACUUUACGAAUCAAGAACACUCGACGCCAGGCCUCGCAGCAUCGCUUGCGGAACCAUACCUGGCGCGCCCGCAACUAGACGAGACACAAAUGACAGCAGGCGGAAUCCCCCGACGGCAUUUACUUAGCAUGGUGCUUGUCGGCGGCGGCGAAGAGACGUACGAACUCCUGCGGCAGGCACGAGGGGUGGGCAUCAAGCGGCGGUACUCGAUGCGGUCGCAGGGAGUGCCAAUAAGUAAUUUAUUUGUUGUUUAA